GUCUAUGAUCGCGAAUAAGGAUCUCGUACGAUGCAAGCAAUAUUGAAUUCUGCUUAAAAGACGCCAUUCUACUCGAUUAAUUUCUAAACUCAUUCCACCAUGUCCAUCUUCCAAGCAACCACCUCUGCGCCAGUUAACAUCGCCUGUAUAAAAUACUGGGGCAAGCGCAAUGAGCAGCUCAUCCUCCCCACCAACUCUUCCCUAUCCGUCACUCUAAGCCAGGACAACCUCCGCAGCACAACCACUGCACGCGCCGAUCCCUCCUUCACCGCCGAUUGCCUCUGGCUCAAUGGCAAGGUAGACCCGAUCAAGGCCGGAGGUCGUCUCCACACGUGCAUCACCGAAAUGAAGCGUCUCCGCGCAGCCUUUGAAGCAGCAAAUCCUGAUCAGCCAAAGAUCGCCGUCUUCAAUGUGCACAUCUGCUCCUUUAACAACUUCCCCACUGCAGCAGGCCUGGCUUCAUCGGCUUCAGGCUUCGCAGCUCUUGUAUACGCCCUCGCUAAACUCUACGCGCUCCCACAAACCCCUGAGGAACUCAGCCUCAUUGCCCGUCGUGGCUCCGGUAGCGCAUGCCGUUCCCUCUUCGGCGGUUUCGUCGCCUGGGACAUGGGUAGCGACGAUGCAACCGGCUCAGACAGUAAAGCCCGCCAAGUCGCCCCAGAGUCCCACUGGCCCGAGAUGGAAGCCCUCAUCUGCGUCGUCAAUGACGCCAAGAAAGGUACAAGCAGCACCAGCGGCAUGCAGCGCACCGUCGUCACAUCCGCACUCCUCCAGCACCGUAUCGGUUUCGUCGUUCCCUCCCGCAUGGCCGAAAUCGAGAGCGCUAUCGCAGACAAGCGUUUCGGUGACUUUGCGGAGAUCACCAUGAGGGACUCGAACCAGUUCCAUGCUGUUGCUCUGGACACUUACCCCCCCAUUUUCUACAUGAACGACGUCAGUCGUGCCAUCAUCGCCAUCAUCACCGAGUACAACCGUCUCUCCGAGCAGCCCAAGGCUGCUUACACGUACGAUGCCGGCCCAAACGCCGUCAUCUACGCGCUCACACCCAACGUUCGUGAGAUAGCACAGCUUGUUUUGUACUACUUCCCCCAAGCAGAGAAGGUCGUCAUCGGAGGGCAGGAAGUACAGGCUGCAUUGCCAGAGGGAUUCAAUGAGGCUGUUGCCAAGCGCUGGGAGGUGGGCGCUGUCAAGGGGCUUAUUCAUACCCGUGUGGGUGACGGCCCCCGGGUUUUGAGCGACAGUGAGGCGUUGUUGAACGCCCAGGGCAUCCCUAAAACGCUUGCUUGAGCAAAAAUAGAAUAGCCAUAUUUGCAUGAUCUUUUGUAUCUUAGGGUGGAACUUGUUGCAACUAUAAAUGUACCGCAUAUCAGUCAUUCAUGAGAUUGUCUGACCAGUGACUGACCAGUGCGAC